CAGUCUGGGCAAUCUAACGGAAGAACAGACUUAAAAACGGCCAACACAAAUCGCCGCCAUUACUAUUCCCAUUGCAACCGUUUUUCAGCCCCCCCCCCCCCCCGUUGGCAUAGCAAUAGAUAGACGGUGUCCGAGACAGCUCACGUAUCUCUCAGCGGCUAUGAAGAACGCAUAGUUCUACGGUGGCCGAGAGCCGACAAGCCACUCACACAAAUCCGUCGACGUUAUCUUCGCGUUCCGAUUGGUUCCAGUGGAGGUGGUGGUGGCGGAAAUUGCACGCCUCGUUGCUGUUGCUGGCGGGAGAUUUCAGCAUGGCGGCUUCCUCAGAUCAUUCUCCGCGCGAGGGGUCGGCCUCAGACAAUGGGUUUGUGCGCGCGGUAUUGGCUAUGCCCCCUAAGCCCGAGACCACCGUGCGGUUCUUCGAGCGAGGCGAUCAUUACACGGUGCACCGCGAAGAUGCGGCGCUGGCGGCCAAGGACCUUUUUCGCACGCGGGAAGUUAUUCGGCUUCUGGGAACAGGAACCCAGAAACUUGAAAGUGUUUCACUUAGCAAGAUGAACUUUGAGUCUUUUUUGAGGGAUCUACUUCUAGUUCGUCAGUAUAGGGUGGAGGUGUACAAGAACAAAGCUGGAAGUAAAUCUACUAAGGAGAAUGAGUGGCACUUGGCGCACAAGGGCUCUCCAGGAAACCUUUCCCAAUUUGAGGAUAUUCUCUUUGGUAACCAUGACAUGUCGUCUUCUGUUGGUAUCCUGGGUAUUAAACUCUCCUCAGCUGAUGGACAAAAAGUUGUUGGAGUUGGAUUAGUGGAUUCUCUUGAGCGGAAACUGGAAGUGUGUGAGUUCUCUGAUAAUGAUCAGUUUUCAAACCUUGAAGCUCUGCUGGUUCAGAUCGGACCCAAAGAAUGUGUUCUCCCUGUUGGAGAGACUGCUGGAGAAAUGGGGAAACUGAGACAGGUUGUUCAAAGGGGAGGAAUUCUCAUCACAGAUAGAAAAAGGAGUGAAUUUUCCACAAAGGAUAUUGUGCAAGAUCUCAACCGCUUGCUGAGGUCAAAAAAGAAACAGCAGAUAUCCAGUGCAGCUUUACCAGAAAUGGACAAACAGGUUGGCAUCUCUUCGUUGUCUGCAGUGAUUAAAUAUUUAGAACUUUUAAAUGAUGAAUCCAAUUUUGGGCAAUUUGAACUCGGCACCUUUGACCUCUGUCAGUACAUGACACUGGAUCAUUCUGCUGUUAGAGCUCUUAAUCUUUUCCAGAGUUCUUCAGAAAAUGCCCACGGCACCCAGUCUCUAGUAGGACUGUUAAAUAAGUGCAAAACACCUCAAGGACAGAGGCUUGUGAGCCAGUGGAUCAAACAGCCGCUGAUGGAUAAGAACAGAAUAGAGGAAAGGCUAAAUUUGGUGGAGGCCCUUGUGGAAGAUGCAGAACUACGCCAGUCUCUUCAAGAGGACCACCUUCAUCGUUUCCCAGACUUCAAUCGGCUGACAAAAAAAUUUCAAAAAAAAUCAGCCACUCUGCAGGACUGUUACAAAACAUACCAGGCUGUUAAUCACAUUCCAAAUUUGGUGAAGACGCUGGAGAAAAAUGAAGGUAAUGUUUCUUUCCCCAUAUUUGUGGAAAUCCAUGAAUAUCUUGUGAAGCCUUCCUUUGAUCCCAAUCUGGCAGAACUGAGAGAGAAGAUGAAUGAGCUAGAGGGGAAAAUGGAAGAAGUGCUGAAGGUGGCAGCCAGGGAACUAAGCUUGGACGCUGGGAAGAGCAUCAAAUUGGAAUGCAAUGCACAAUAUGGGCAUUUUUUCCGAAUUACCUACAGGGAGGAGAAAGUGUUGAGGAGCAAUCUGAAAUACAAAGUCUUGGAAACCCAGAAGAAUGGGGUGAAGUUCUACAACAGUAAAUUGAGAGAACUCAACGAAGAAUAUGCAAAAUGCAGAGGAGAAUAUGAAGAAGCUCAGGGUGUAAUUGUUAAAGAAAUAUUAAACAUUGCAUCAGGAUACAAGGACCCCAUACAGUUUCUGAGUGAAGUCAUAGCCCAGUUGGAUGCAUUUGUCAGUUUUGCUCAUGCAACAAACGCGGCGCCUGUACCCUAUGUACGCCCAAAGAUUCUGGAAAUGGGACAAGGGAGGAUUACGCUGAAAGGUUCAAGACACCCCUGUAUUGAAGUUCAAGACGAUGUUUCCUUCAUUCCGAAUGAUGUGACCUUUGAGAAGGGCAAGCAGAUGUUCCACAUCAUUACUGGACCAAACAUGGGAGGAAAAUCGACCUACAUUCGCCAGACGGGUGUGAUAGUUCUUAUGGCUCAAAUUGGGUGUUUUGUGCCCUGCGAAUUUGCAGAGGUGUCUGUUGUUGAUAGCAUACUGGCUCGUGUAGGAGCUGGGGACAGUCAAUUGAAAGGAGUAUCUACCUUCAUGGCAGAAAUGCUGGAAACAUCUUCCAUCCUGAGGACUGCUACAGAAAACUCUUUGAUAAUCGUCGAUGAGUUGGGAAGAGGAACUUCUACUUACGAUGGCUUUGGCUUGGCGUGGGCUAUCUCAGAAUAUAUCGCCACCAAAAUUGGAGCCUUCUGUAUGUUUGCAACUCAUUUCCAUGAGUUGACAGCUCUUGCUGAUCAGGUUCCCUCUGUGAAUAAUUUGCAUGUCACAGCGCUGACCACUGAAAACACCAUGACAAUGUUGUACCGUGUGAAAAAAGGAGCUUGUGACCAGAGUUUUGGAAUCCACAUAGCAGAGCUUGCUGCCUUUCCAAAACAUGUGGUAGACAGCGCAAAGGCAAAAGCUCUGGAACUAGAGGAGUUCCAGCAUAUUGGAAAACCCCAGGAGGAGGAUGAAGAACCAGCAGCCAAAAAAUCCUACAGAGAAAAGCAGGAAGGUGAAAAAAUAAUCAAGGAGUUUCUUUCAAAAGUGAAUGCAAUGCCACAGAAAGAUCUGUCGGAAGAACACAUCAGAGUCAAACUGAAGCAGCUCAAAGCUGAAGUCUUGGCAAAGAACAACAGCUUUGUGAAUGAAAUCAUUUCCCAAGCUAAAGUUAGUUCAUGAGAUAAAAGGGCCGUGCAAAUUGACAUUGAACUUGUGCUUUUCAGGCCCAAACUGCAUGGUACAGCAGAAUGACAUAGCCACCAUCACAAGUUGCAGCCUGACCAUUUCUCCUUUGCUUCUUUCUCCUCUCACAUUCAACAAGGUGAAAUCCAAUGCAGGACAUCAUGCUUUGAGUUUCCUUGCCCUUGCCAGCAGCAACAGAAAAUGGUAGAGUAAGAAUGAGGGAAGAAGAAACACAGUUAAAUUAGGGGAUGGCACAGAGGUAUUGGUAUCUGUACCACCCAUGUGCUAACAAAAGAUCUGGCCUCAAUGGAAACAGAUGCCUGGGUUUUUUUGUCCCCGGACCAGGGUAUGUGAUCAUGGUUUGUAAUGUUUUGUUCUGAUUGCUAAAAUAACUUUCCACUUCUGUUUAGUUUUGAAAUGGAGGUAUUUGUUCCACUAACUGUUCCCUGUUUUAUGACUUUGAAAAAAAUCAUGAGCUAUUUUUCUGGUUAAAAGUGUGCUAGUUUCACAGAAACAAGAGCAGCUGUGGAUUUUCAUCAUUUGUGGUUAGAGGUUCUUACAGCUUGUUGCUAAAGGUGUGUUAAAAGUGGCAAAAAGUUCUGGACACAAGUCUCCUAGUCCUGCCCGUGAUGUGGCCCUUGGUGAGUAGCACGAGGUAAGCAGGUCAUUUGUGGGGAAUGCCAAUCUCUGAGAGAACUGAACUUAAUUUCAUUUUAUGACUGUGUCUUUUCAUGGCUUUUGAACAUAUUCUGCUUUAUUCCAAUUCAGGAAUUGUUACUUUGUGAAUAAAAAACCUAUUCCAUGGGA